AUGUCGUACGACGAGGUGGAGAUCGAGGACAUGGAGUGGAACGAGGAGUUGGGAGCGUUCACCUAUUCCUGUCCAUGUGGCGACCUUUUCCAGAUUACUCUUGAGGAGCUUAAGAAUGGAGAGGAGAUCGCAAGAUGUCCAAGCUGCUCCCUUUUCAUCACAGUCAUUUAUAAUUCUGAGGACUUCCAGGGAGAUGGCCCUGGAAAAGUGCAGCCUGUCUUUGCUUAUGGUGCAACUGGAAGGUCGCAUGCUGUCCUGCAGAUUGAUGUUAAGAGAGUGGUCUCGUCACGCUCAGCUGAGCGCGUGAUGGGAGCGAAGCUUUGCUUGGUGGAUUUGGCUGGAAGUGAACGAGCUUCAGAGACAAACAACAUGGGACAGCAGUUAAGGGAUGGCGCCAACAUAAACAAGUCUCUACUUGCACUUUCUAACUGCAUCAAUGCUCUAUGCCAGCAACAGAAGCGAGGGGUUGGCUACGUUCCUUACAGAAACAGCAAGCUGACAAGAUUGUUGAAAGAUGGCCUCAGUGGCAAUUCACGAACUACAAUGGUGGCUACAAUCUGCCCUGCUGCUGACCAGUACCAUCACAUCAUCAACACUUUGAAGUAUGCUGACCGUGCAAAAGAGAUCAAAACACGAAUCAGGACCAAUGUGCGUACUGUGGACUCUCAAUCAAGCGACUACCUCAGAAUGAUUGAGAAGCUUCAGGAGGAAGUAAGCAUGCUGAAGGGUCAGUUGGCUGAGCAAGCAGCCACUUCCAGUAUGAACCCUGUUGCUCAUCCCUCUGGCACAUCAUGGCUAGACGACAUAAGUAGGCAGCUGAACGAAAACGUCCAGGAGCGAAUCAACAUGCAAAAAGCCAUGUGCGAGCUUAACGAGUGUUUGAAGAGGGCUGGUGAUGAAGUUUGCCGAUUGGAUCAGAAGAUUGCUAUUCUACAGGACAUCAACAACAAUGAGGCCGAAAGGGAGCUUCUCCAGAAAAGGCUGGACUCGUUUGUCAAUAACCAUGAGAACUCCUCAUUCUUGCACAUCCUCAACCAGUUCAGGUUCUUAAGUGUGGAGAUGACAGAGAUGCAAUUCCAAUUGGCUCUGAGAGAUCAGUUAAUAGCGGAAAAAACAUCAGCAAUGAACAGCCUUUGGAUGCUACUCCAAGCAUCGGAUGUUGAUAUCGAGGAGCUCCUUGACGCAGCCGUCCAGAAGGGUGUCCCUCUGGAUAGCUCUUUGUCUUCCUAUAUUGACGUGAAGCUGAAGGAAGCUAUAGCUACCCCGAACGGCAGUCCUAAGUUUGCACUAUCAUGCGGUGCAGCAGGUCGAGCAGUAUGGAACCACCGAUUCAAUUUUCUUCUCCCUGACCGCGAGCAAGAUUACCCUCCAGAGAUGGACGUUCACAUCUGGGACAAGGUAAACGGCCAGGACAAGUACAUGGGAUUCUGCAAGGUGCACCUGGAGCAGGUCUAUCUUCGCCAAUCCAUGGACGCUGUCUGGCCGGCUUCCGCUUUUGGUGCUGCUCCUCCUGCCUCUUCUGCUGCUGCUUCUACUGCCGAUGGAGGCAACCGCUCUGCGGCUCAACCGCCUUCAACUCCUGAUGCUCUGGCCGCCGAAGUCCUUAGCAAGGGCUGGGACCUCUCCGCCAUCGCUUCGCUGACGUCAGCUGUUUUGUCAGCUUCUGGCAAAGGAAUACCACAGGGCAAGAACUCCACAUCUUCUGUUGCCGCUGCCGCUGCUGGGACUAGGCCUGGUGGUGUAUCUGCUUCCUCUGCUGCUGCGAGUGGUACUCCUGGUGCUCGUGCAGGCACUGGGGCGAAUCGUCAGGCGAUCAUGAACCAGGAGCUGAUUGCGGAAGCUCUCUGUAUGGCUCUACUGGGGGAAGCAGGCAGGGCUGAGCCUGCAAGGAAGCAGGGGAAGAGCGCUGGCCCUGGUGCUGCUGGUUUAAAUGGCUCAAAACGGAUCUGGGAGCUGCAGGAGGAGAAGAGGGGAGAGGUGGGGGUGGGUGCAGGUAUUGGAGCAGAUGAUGUGGAGGAUGAGGGUCCCAAGCGGCAACGCGUUGCUUGA